AAUUCACCCUCUUUCCGCCCACGUAAAGAGUCGCAUCUCAACGUUCUUCAUUAAGAAAACGAACGAAACAGACAGAAGAACCACUUCGAAAGAUCGACAACGUUGUUUUCGAACAUAAUUUCAUUAGAGGAUAAUCUGACCUUGUAACAGAGCACAAAAUGAGAGGUCGUGAAAUUAUUGUUUGGAGAUAUCCCAGCAGAAAUCAAGGAUAUUUAUCUUUGCCUGUACUAGUGCAAGUUGAUUUUGAAGUUUUCGGCGAUCUGCAAGGUGUGAAUUUCAUUCAGCACGCUAAAGAUUUAGCUGAUCGCCUAGGAGUACGUGGUUGGAUACGACUGACACGCUACGGAAGUGCAAUGGGACAAAUACAAGGAGAAAAAGACAGAGUUGAUGAAAUGGCUCUGUGGUUACGACACACUGGAUGCCCAAGAUGCAGAAUUGAUUUCGUUGACUAUCAAAACUGGCGAGUCACAGAUGGAUUUGAAUACCGAAAGUUUAAUGCACGAGUUUAAAUCCUUACCCUGAAGUAUAACCAGGCAGAAAGGCCAAGGUAUAAAAGACCAUCUAUACCUCAUUGGUCUUGGUAUACUGCUGUUAUAACAACAUGUUGGACGGAAAUUAAUAUUCAAAUACAAGACUGAUUCUAAUUUUGUAUUACAACAUCGCAUUACUGCAUAUAUCAUCUUUACUGAAAGAAAAUAAAUUAUAUUUAUGUGUUUUAAUAAAAA